CGCGUGGUUUUGUCUACGGCAACACAGCGAUACCAAAUCAGACUUUUGACAUUAAUAUGUCUUAAGAAACAUAUAUAUUGGUAAUAAUAUACCGUCUAUAGCGCUGUAGAAUUUUUAUAGCAUCACGGUUACCGUGUUUAGCUACUACAUCUGUAACUUAAAUAUAUUGUAUUAUUUGUUUACGUCUAAUUGCUUUUGUUGUAACUGACAUUUCCAUAAACACGAUUUGACAAAAACAAAACCAAUUUUCCCACAUGGAAACACCCAACGGUUCUGUAGAAGGUGAUCCCCACUGUUGCCGCAGUGGGGGCGAAUACAUGUGUUUUUCAUCUGAGAAAACAAGAAAGGGAAAACGAAACCACCAGGUAGUAAAGCGCUGGCACUUGACAUUAUAGAAUUCACCACCUACGCGGCGAUCGACUGCACUUCCUCUAUUUACUUCCCUCUAAACACGGUCAGACCUGCGGAAGUCAGCCAGUGAGUCAGUGCUGGACGCUGGAGACCCACGAUGGAGAGACGACAGUCCUGUUAAGCUAUUAACUCAACUAUUACGGGCGAGCAGCACAAGCCAGGCUUCAAGAUGGAUUACAAAUAUGACAAUGGAGUAGAACUGCUGUUGGCUCACAUGAACAUAGAAGACAUCAUCAACGCGGCAGAGACCCUGUAUCAGCUUGAGCAAACGGAGGAGGAACGAGGCUUGUCCUUCGAGGCGGAAGAUCUCUCCCAGGAGGAGAUGGACGAGAACGAGGAGGCGGUGGAUUCGCUGGGCUUAGGGAGUCGGCAGAAGGACUACGUUGAUGGAAUUGGAGGUGUUCGUUACGGGGCGGUGGCAGACCUGCUUUCCUUUGUCAACCUGCUCUCAAGCAUGCAGGCAGCGUCCCUGGUGCACCUGCCUGAGGAGAUGGGCGUCCUUCUAAACAAGAAAGACAUGGCUGUGAAAAAAGGCCGCUACCAGAUAAACAUGGACGUGCUCCUGUUUCCUUGGAGGUUGACCUACAAGAACCACGGCUCUGGCCUUGUGCCAAAGGGCUCUUUUGGGAAAGUCCACUUGGCCCAGGACACCGCAACAAGGAAAAGAAUGGCUUGCAAACUGGUCCCCUUAGAGCACUUUAAAGCGGCCGACGUAGAGUUCCAGGCCCGGUUUCGACACGAGAACAUAGCUGAGCUCUACGGCGCCAUGCUCUGGGACCAGAGCGUCCACCUGUUCAUGGAGGCUGGGGAGGGCGGUUCGGUUCUGGAGAAGCUGGAUAGCUGUGGGCCCAUGAGAGAGUUUGAGAUCAUAUGGGUAACCAAGCAGGUUCUGCGGGGCCUGGAGUACCUACACUCACACAACGUCAUCCACCACGACAUCAAACCUAGCAAUAUUGUCCUGAUGUCAGACAAGGCAGUGUUGGUGGACUUUGGCCUGACGGUCCAAAUGACAGAGGAUAUAUACAUUCCAAGAGACCUGAGAGGAACAGAGAUGUACAUGAGUCCAGAGGUGGUCCUGUGUCGAGGUCAUAACACCAAGACAGACAUCUAUAGCCUGGGCACCUCCAUCAUUCACAUGCAGACUGGAAGCCCUCCAUGGGUCCAGAGAUACCCACGUACUGCCUACCCAUCCUACCUCUACAUCAUCCACAAACAGGCCCCCCCUCUGGAGGACAUAGCAGAGGACUGCAGCCUGGCCAUGCGCUCUUUCCUGGAGCGAGCCUUGGAGAUAAACCCUGUUCUGCGGAGCUCGGCCUCCGAGCUGCUGAAGGACGAUGCCAUCAAUCCGCCCAGGGAGGAUCAGCCACGCUGUUGGAGCCUUGACUCAGCCCUGGAGGAGGUCACCCACACCAUGCUUCGGCAGCAGAGCCAUCUCCACGACACCACACACGAUUCUUCUAUGUACUCUGAGGACUCCGGCCAUAUGAGGAGGAAGGGUUCCUUGUACAUUGACCUGGGGGCCUUGUCAGGUCACUGUAAACUGGUGACAGGGCCUCCCACCUCAGAAUAUGGCUAGCCACUUGUCAAGCUCACCAUGUAGGGGACUGAACUCUAGACAAAGCUAGCUGAUUAUUUACUUUUUUGCCUUUCUUAAAAGAAUACUGUUUGGACUGAUCAAUAGUCCAAAAGGUGGACAUCUGCCAGCAACAUUGACAAAUGCAAUGUUUACAAGGCUCAAGAUCAAUGGAAUUAGCUCAACCAUGAUGCUACAAUGGGCUGAACUCUGCCUGACUGUGGUUGGAAGAGAUUUCGUGUGUAUCAAGCAUUAACUGUCAGCUAUUGGUAUAAUUUCCCAGAGCUCCUUAUGUUGUUCUAAUACAUGCUAAAUGUCAUCGCAUGUUGAAUCGUUUAGAUUCCUUGAGCUAGACACCUAACCCUUAAUGGCUCCCCAGGCAAAAAAAAGCCAUGGGUUAAAAAUGUAAUGUAAGUCGCUUUGGAUAAGAUAGGUAACCCUCAAGAGGGAAAUUUUGGUAUCACAGCAGCAU